AACGCAGAGAGAGGAUCAUAGACUGACUCAGCUGAGGCAGGCAGGGAGAGGGGAGGUACAGGGGCUGAGCUUUCCCCCUCUAGCCCAGCGGUUUCCUCCCCCGCUCCCAUUCUGCUCUCUCAGUCUUUCACAGUCACACAGUGUAGAGACGUACAGACAGAACAGCUCAGGCAGGAGAAAACCACUGGGAGGCAGGCAGGCGGCUGGGGGCUGAUGCUGCCAUUCCUUACACACAGAGGGGAAAGAGAGAGCGGGAAGGAGAGAGAGAGAGGGAGAGAGAUUGCUCAUCUACAGGAAAAGAGGGGCAGGGGAGAGUAGUUUUCUGUACUUUUCCCAGCAACACGUGGAUGGAACUCUCACAGGCUGUUAGCCUGUGGUGAGAUAACAACUAACGGUAGAAUCAUCGCGGGGAUGAAGGGGAGAAAGGAGGGGAAGAGGCCAACACCCUUUCAUGGAAUUGGAACCCAACCCUCUUGAUCCUAUGAUGUGGAAUGCUUUGUGACUGUGUGGACACAACAAAACGGUGAUGACUGGAGACAUGAUUGUCUCAACAAUACAGUCCCAGUAGAGAGCAGAGUGGAGAGGUGUCAGGAGGAGAUGAAAUUUAACUGAAGACCAACAUUUCUCUGAGGAGCCCAUGUCUGCCGUUGGGCAAAUAUGAUGGAACUCAGACACUCCCAAAUCAUUUGGAAUAAUUGUGAAAGUAGCAGCCUGUCAAACGCAACAACCUAUUGGACUUGACAAAAAGAUAGAAAAGGGGGGGCAAGGGUAGGAAGGUUGAAGAAUGUUUUUGAAUUUCAGAAGGAUCAGAAAAUGUCAAUGUGUGCAGCUGGUGACGACGUGCUUUGUCCUGUCCGUGUUGAUGGUGUGCUGGGAGCAGCUGGACCACCAUGUGGUGAGCCAUAUGAAGUCCUACUCCUACCGCUACCUGGUCAACAGCUACGACUUCAUCAACAAGAGCUUUGGCAUCAGCCAGAAGGAGGCUAAGAGCCAGAGCAACUUCCCAUACCUCAUCAACCACCAUGACAAGUGUGACAGCAAUGAAGUGCUGUUGCUGCUGUUCGUCAAAUCUUCCCCAGAGAACCUGGAGAGGAGGCAGGCCAUCCGGGCCACCUGGGGGAAUGAGGCCUACACCCAGAGGGAGUUGGGGGCCACCGUGAGGGUGGUGUUUGCCCUGGGGGUCCACCCCAACCCCCAGCAGAGGGGCCAUGUACAGAGGGGGCUGCUGGGGGAGGACCAGGUCUAUGGGGACCUGGUCCAGCAGGACUUUGUUGACACCUUUCACAACCUCACCAUCAAACUGCUGCUGCAGUUCCGCUGGAGCCACAACUACUGCAGCCAAGCACGUUUCCUCAUGUCAGCCGACGACGACAUCUUUGUCCACAUGCCCAACCUGGUGCACUACCUGCAGGGCUUAAUCCGUCAGGGGGCCCGGGACCUCUGGGUGGGCCACGUGCACAGGGGAGCCCCACCUAACCGCCGGAAGGACAGCAAGUACCACGUGCCUUAUGAGAUGUACCAGUGGCCAUCUUACCCAGACUACACGGCGGGGGCAGGGUACGUUGUCUCAGGGGACGUGGCUUCCAAAAUCUACCAGGCCACUCUGUCCCUCAAUGCCUCGCUGUACAUUGAUGAUGUGUUCAUGGGCAUCUGUGCCAACGCCAUGGGGAUGUCUCCCCAGGAACAUGUUUACUUUUCAGGGGAAGGGAAGGCCCCCUAUCACCCCUGCAUCUACGAUAAGAUGAUCACCUCUCACGGACACGUGGCAGAUGUCCGGUACCUUUGGAAGGCAGCGACGGACCCCCAGAUCCAUGACAUUUCCUCUGGUCUGUUGGGAAAGAUGUACUGCACAGCAGUGAAAGUAAUGCUCCUCUGUAAACCUUACUAUUUAAAUACCUACCCAUGCAAAGCAGCAUUUUCAUAGUGUAUUGUAAGGCUGCACAGAAUGUCAGUCUUUAUUUUAUUUUAUAUUUCAGUGUCUACCGCUGGUAUCAUUUUCUAAAUAAAGACCAAAGCCUUGUUCUUGAGCAUAUAUUCACCACUCCUGCCUUGGCUUGAUGGAUACUGCAGUUGUACUUUGUGCUUUAGCUAAUUGUGUGAUGGUAAACAGACUGUUCGUGUUCUUGGCUGCAUUCAGGAACAUUUUGGCUGGCUGCAUGAAGUCGUAAGGGAAGAAUAAUUUGAAUAAAUUACCUCACUAGCUGACAUUAGGGUUUUUAUUCAGUUUUCUAUUGCUCAUUAAAUUAAACUGGUUGAAAGUG